AUGAAGAUUUGGAAAAAAAUUAUUUUUUUUAUUUUUUCUAUUUUUACAAUUAAAACAUUGCAAAAUGAGGGUUACGGACCUAUUUCUGAUAACUUUAAGUAUUGGUUAAUUGUUAAAAACUAUAGGGAAGAUAAUUUCUUUGGAGGUAGCAAUAAUGAAAUAAAUAGUUUUGGUGGAAAAAUUUCUGUUUUUGAUAAAAUAAAUCACCGUCCAAUCAUAUUUAUUCAUGGAAAUUCUGAUGGUGCUUUAAGUGAUGGUUCUACUUGGGGAACUGGAUGGAAUUCACAUAUUUCAUUCUUUAAAAAUUCAGGAUAUAAAUUAUCUGAAUUAUAUGGAAUAACUUGGGGAAACAGAGAUUCACAAGAUCCAAUGAAUAUAACAGUAUCAUGUGAUGAAGUUGAACGAAUAAGACGAUUUAUUUUUGCUGUAUUAGAAUAUACGGAGUAUGAUUCAGUAAAUAUUAUUGCUCAUUCAAUGGGAGUUACUAUGGCAAGAAAAGCAAUAAAAGGUGGCGUCAUAAAUGGAAUAAGAAGAUCAUGUAAUAUCGAUGAUUCUUUAUUAAAUCAUGUUCAUACAUUCAUUGCUAUAUCAGGUGCCAAUUAUGGUUUUUCAUUUUGUAGUGGUGAUUCAGCAUAUGCAUUUCCUGCUUGUAAUAAAUAUAAUGGUUUUUGGCCUGGAAAUAAUUGUGAUAAUAAUAAACUAUGUGAAAAAAAAGAUAACAAUAUGUGCAUUCAAAGACAAUAUUCAAAAAUUUUACAAGAUUUAAAUGAAAAUGAAAAAAAAGAAGCAAAAUAUGUUUUUACCAUAUUUACACCAAAUGAUGAAUUAUUAGGCGACAAUGGUUUAGUUUGUGGAAAUUAUACAUCACGUUUACCAAUAUAUGACAAAGAAAUCAUCUUGCAAGAAUCGGAUCACAUGAGAACAAAAGAUGAUUCUUAUGUUCUUUGUCAACACCUUAUAGCUGAAAAUGAUUUAAAUUAA